AUGGCGGCAUUAAUGUCCGUUACCUCCAUCCGAGCUACGCCACGUUUAGUUACCGGCAAUCGAUCCAGUUCACCUUGGUCAAAGGGGAUGAUAAUCCUACAUACGGCUUCUGCACUAGCGCCGCAACAAUGGGUAGCAAAGCGAUUUGGGGGACAGACGCUCCAGGAUCGCAUUCGGGGUCUCGGAUUCCUGAUCAUGAUCACUGCGGCCGUAUGUACCUCGCCUGCCGCACCCCGGCCUGCGGAACCAGGCUCCAUGAUCGUUUGGCUCAAAGCGUUCAAGAGCUCAUUGGUGCAGGGCAUUGGCUCGACACUAGCCUGUGUUUCCACAGCCUGACUCGGAGGGAGGGCGCGCAUAGCCUUAGGCAGGUAACCAGCCUCUCUUUAGCGGGAAGGCAUAGCCUGUCCUCUGAUAGUAGAUACUGGCAUUCGGACUCUAUAAAAAUUUGCUUAUAGACCGAAGAUGGAUCACGCAAGAAUGCACCAGUCACCAAAUGCCCUCGUAACCAUCAAGACUUAUCCCCGUAACGCGGCUGACCGUGAGGCAGGUCACCAGCCUCUAUUUAUGAGACCGUUCAAUGCAG